AUGGAAACCCCACAGCGGAACCAGAUCACCGCACCUGUCUCUAAAUUCGAGAGUUUGUUUUUACUAUUUGCAAAUCUCUCUCUGGCUAUGUAUCUAUCUUGGUUGCUCAGUUGCUUUGCACCAAUUUUGUUAGGGGAUUCCCCCGUCUUUAACUUUAUCAAUAGUCUCUCCCCUAUUAAGCCAGUUAAGUCCAUGCACACUACUCAGACGUUUAACUCUCUUAGUUUUGCAUCCCUUCCAUCUGUUUUCACUUCACCGCAUGUCAGUUCCCUCAAGGAUUCUACAUUCUUAAGAAGGCAUCAAUACUCAGAUCCAUCAAAACCAGAGUUGUCUUCUGAUAAUGGGGCCAAAGUUAAUUGCUGUGAAGGUAGUACAGAUGUUGCUCAUACCUCUGGUGAGCAACUGGAAAAUUUUGAACCAGGUAAUUCUGGGGGUGAAGCUUCUGCUGAGGCAGCUUGUGAAUGCUCAAAGCUCUCAGUUGAGCUCCAACGGACCUUAAGUAAUGAUUGUAAUAGCCCUAAUUGCAACUCAACACAUUGCCUUGGCACUGAAACCAAAUGUGUUUCAGAACUGGCCGGCACAUCAGUGCCACUUUCUCCAUUAGGUCAAGAUGUCUUGGAAGGGGGUCUGUUUGGAAGUGAAGUGCAUAGAGAGCAUUAUAGCGAGAUUGAUCAUGAUAAAGAAGCAAUUGGUUGUUAUGGGGAAAUUUUGAUGGCUGAUAUUGCUGAUCUAUUAGUUUUUGAGUCACCCAAUGAUACUGAGGUUUUUAAUGGCACCUGUCAGAAAUCUCUGGACCCUGGAACAAAAUUCUGUACUUCUCUUAUCAAUGAUUUGCAACCGGCACAAGAUACUGGUGAAGUUGGUCUAGGAGAACAACAGAGAACAGAAAGUUUGUACAUUCAACCAGUAGAGGGUGGUAAUCAAAAGGAAAUAGCUGAGACACAAGACAUGUUUGCCAAUACUUCUCUGAGUAAUGGUGUGGCUGGUGGGCUAAGUGAAAAAAUAAAUGAUAAGGCUGUUUCUAAUUUGUACCGAGGUAUGAGAAGACGCUGUCUGGUGUUUGAGAUGGGCGGGGCUCGUAGAAAGCAUUUGGAUGAGGGUUCAAGUGCUGGUUCAUCCAUGUUAUUGCUGCCUGAUGGAACCACUGGUUCCAAUGAUAAGCAACUAGCUCCUAUAAAGCCUGGAAAUGAUUCCUCACGGUGCAUUUUACCUGGAAUUGGCUUGCAUUUGAACGCUCUUGCAACAACUUCAAAGGACUAUACGGUUGUCAAGCAUGAAGCUUUGGCUUCUGGAAUAAAAAUAAGAAGUGCACACGACUCCAGUGCCUCCUUUCAUUAUUUGACUUCUGGUCAAGAACCAUUGAAUAAUUCUUUAGUUGUGACCUCUUCAGAAAUAGACAUAGGUAGUGCAGAAAAUGAAGCUUUGGUUGUGGAAGAGGCUUCUCGGGCAUCUGGAUAUGAGGUCACUGAAGAGUUCAAUCAGAGUAGCCCGAAGAAAAAGAGGCGUAGGUCAGAACAUGCUGGAGAAAUGGAGGCCUGUAAGCGUUGUAACUGUAAAAAAUCAAAAUGCUUGAAGCUUUACUGUGAAUGUUUUGCUGCUGGUGUCUACUGUGUGGAGCCAUGUUCAUGUCAAGAAUGCUAUAACAAACCUGUUCAUGAAGAUACUGUUCUUGCAACUCGCAAACAGAUUGAAUCACGCAAUCCUCUUGCAUUUGCUCCCAAAGUGAUUAGAAGCAUCGACUCUCAACCAGAAAUUGGGGACGACACCAGCAAGACUCCUGCCUCAGCACGACAUAAGAGAGGAUGCAACUGCAAGAAAUCUGGUUGCCUAAAGAAAUACUGUGAAUGCUAUCAGGGUGGUGUUGGAUGCUCCAUUAACUGCAGAUGUGAAGGGUGCAAGAAUGCGUUUGGCAGAAAGGAUGGAUAUGCUCUAUUAGAAGCCGAAUUAGAAGAAGAGGAAACAGAAACACGUGAAAAAAGUGUAGUGGAGAAGAGUUCACAUAUUGUCCUCCAGAACGAUGCUGAGGCAAAUACAGAUUCUGUUCUUCCUGCAACACCUUCGCGGUUUUGCAGACAAUCAGCUCAGCUGCCGUUUUCCUCAAAGUGCAAACCACCAAGAUCUUCUGUCCUUUCUAUUGGAUCGUCUUCUGGGUUGUAUGGUGGUACCCAAAGGUUUGGGAAGCCAAAUUUGUUUCAGCCACUACAGAAGGUUGAAAAGCAUUUUCAAACCAUUCGAGAAGAUGAAAUGCCUGAAAUUCUUCUGGGAAACGGCUCUCCUAGCAGCGGCAUAAAGUCUUCAUCUCCUAACAGUAAGAGAGUCUCUCCUCCACACUCUGAGUUUGGGUUGUCUCCUGGUCGGAGAAGCAGCCGGAAGUUGAUUUUGCAGUCUAUUCCUUCGUUUCCUUCACUCACCCCCAAGCAUUGAGAUUAUUGUCAUCUGUUGGGUGAACUUGGAAGGAUUUCUCUCAGACCUACAUUGUAUACUUAUAGGUUAUGUUGUUCUUGUUGGUAUGCCCUUUGAGCUUGCCUUCUCUGCUUGUAUAAUAGUCUGUUGUUUCCAGAAUAAUCA